AUGCGCCCAUCAAAAUAUCUCUGGGUCCUAUCCCUCGGCCUGGCAAAUGCCUCCGAGCCUCAAAACGCAAACCACAUCUUCAACGCCAUCCAAUCAUGCCUCAGACACUACGAAUCAGCCCUAAAUCCCUACGGCAUGGCCUUCCACCUCGCCUCAGUCCCCAAGGGAACCCGCUUCUACCACGGAACAGGCAAAGCAGACCCCAUCGUCGGCGUCGAAUGGCUCGCUUUCAAGCCACAGCACUCACUCGGCUUCGCGCAUCGCUCCGGCUGGCGCAGAGAGAAGAGAUCGCUGGACGAGCAGGAGCCGCUCAAUUCUCUCGCAGAUAGUCAUGCCGAUGCCGAUGUUAACGAUGAUGCUGAUGACGAUAUCCCGCAUGGCUACCUGCACACCUACGCUGCUGCGCGCGAUCUCCGCCUCCUGUAUAUAGACGGCAUGUCCGCGGGUCCUGGCGGCUCGGCCGAAUCGCAAGACCGCAUUCUGUUCAACGAUACGAUUCACAGUCCUGCGCCUGGGCCGCGCCCGCCUGUUGGCGGUCCACCUGCGGAGAAGGAACGUGCGUUCCAAACUUGUCGGAUGGUUGAGGAGGUGUGGGGGGAGCGGGUUGAUGGGGUUGUGAGGACGGAGGGCGAUUUCGAGAUCAUCCUUUGUCGGUUUGAAAGGGAUUUGGAGGUUGUUGGAAUUACGCAGACUCGAGCGCAGGAUGGGCCUGGGUUUGGAGGGCCGAGGGGAGGAAAGGGAAAGGGGAGGCCUGGGAAGGGUGGGAAGGGUCGUGGCGGUCCUGGUGGUGGGCUUAGGGGUCCGGUCAGAGGGGAUUGCUGUUCCAUUGCUGCGAAGUAUGAUCAGUUACUUGGCCACAAGGUGCAUUUGGACUUUGAUCAUUUCGUUUCGGCGUUUAGCUAUGGCUUGGAUCUUUUCCCUGCUGGCUCGGAUCGGCCUGUGCUCGAUCAUAUUCCCACUGAGUUGUUGGAACCUAUUCGGCGGGAUAUCAAUGAUAUGGUUAAUAGCCUGGAGCCGGCGGUGGGUUCCUUCGACUGGCAGGCUGUUGCUGAUAUGAUUGUAUUCCGGUAUUCGGACGAGCUGCAGACUCUUGCUGCUGGGAAUUUCUCGUCUGCUGAGGCGUUACAUGAGAGGCUUGAGGGGUUGUUGGAGCCUUUUAUUGAUUAUCGUCACUUUGGGGCGAAGGGGGAGAUUAUUCAUUUGUGUGAGAAUGAGUUUAUUCCUGGUUCCGCCCCUGUGCAAUCUGUUGGUGGUCGGGUUGUCUCUUCGAUCUCGAGAUCGAUCUGUUCCACUUUGGCGUCGGGGUUGUUGGAUGAAAAGGAUUUGGAUGAGACGGUUGCUAGCUUCAAGCAACUUGUUGAGUUUUUGGACUGGACAACCUGGAAGGGCCAGUGA